AUGCGUGUCAACAGACUGAGCUUGUCGGAUCUGUCCCGCUUCGGCCGCGGCAAUGAUCGUCUCUCGUAUCUCAGGUCCAGCUCAACGGUGUCGUCUACACAACAGGCCGAGGGCGACACGAGCCACCAAGAGGCUAUGGAUGAGGCGACAGCCGCCAUCUCAGGAUGGCAGGACGAGCCUCGUCCGCUCCAGAGGCCCGCCUACAACCAGUACGAGCUUGCGGAUAGCUCUGAAGUACUGCCCAGUGAUUCCCUCUCUCAGCGCCUAAGCCCUACGCCUUUGGAAUUUGAGCCUCUAGCCCCCGCCAUCGACAGUCGUACCAGUCCAAGUGACGUUUCGGAGAGCACGUUAAACAGCCUUCAGCGCCUCAAGAACCAGUAUGACGGGCCAGCCGACUCGCAACGUUUGAAAGGCUCAGAGCCCACCUCCUUACCGCCUCUCCGACCAAACAAGCGCAGUGCAUCGCAGUUCUCGCUUCGCAGCCUGACCAGGUCUUUCUCCAAGCGUCCACGGCUCCAAGGACUCCGCAAGUUGGCCACCCAUGUCUACCGCGGCGGCAGUCGCCAUCUCAGCCUGGCACGUCACAGGUGGAGGCUGCAGAAGGAACAGGAACGCAGGCAGUUUGAGGCGUGGAAGGCCAAACGUCGCAGGGAACGGCCUGCUGACCCGCUGAAGGGCAAGUCAGAACGGGGCUUCGGCACCUUUUCCUUUGAGCGCGGUCGAUUCGGCAACGAGGAAUGGUGGAAAGAGGGGGUGGCCAAGUAUCAGGCACCCGGCUGGAUGCUGUUUCAGAAGUGA